CUGAUUGGCUUAUUUGUAAAGUCAGUUCUAACGGCACCCAGAUUUAAACUAGCAUUUGCAUCGGGCUGUUUGUGGAUGUAAGAUAUACGAGCGUCUGCUGGUUAAACUGUUUAUUGUAUUUAUUUGUCAUUUUAAGGUGACUGGAGGCAUUGAAUUGAAGUACUAAUCCGGUGUGAAUAUGGACGGGGGCUCUACUUAUUCAUACGCAUGGGAUGCCCCUACGCAUGUUUUGGAGUCCAUAGAUGAUUUCGCCCUGGACCCUCAGGAUAAUGCGGACAAGUGGUUUGGUUUGCAGGCGGCUAGUGAAAGUGGUGUUAUGGAACAGCUUACCACCCCUUUACGGACUAAACCUUUUGAUGAACCUGUUGAUACCAACAAGCCCAAAGCUAUGGUGUCUCCCCUGGUCAGACAAGAGCCGACAAGCUCGGAAAGUACCUCUACAGACAUCCCGUCUAAUAUAGUCACAUCAUGGGGAAACAGCAGAACUACUGGAGCUCCUGGUCAGGGCCCCAAGUCUGUUCCUGCACAGCCACGCAGGGUGUCUAAACGACCUUUGCCCAAAAACGAAAAGCCCACCGUUGUCACAACACCUCCUUCUGUCAAGAAAAGACGAGUUUUACUGGCUGCAUCUUCAAGGAGAGUAUUUGAUCAGCGCCGAAGAAGCUCUACAUCGAGAACGAUGCGACGCAGUGGUGCUGGAGUGAGAAGCAGUGUCCGACUAAAGGCAAAACCAGCCAUUUCAAAGACCACUGAUAUUGCUUCCAAUACUACUCAUCAUAAAAGCACAGAGCAGCAGGAGCUAGAGCGCAUUGAAGCUCUGCAAAAAGAGGUGGCUGAACAACGGCGCAAGAAUGAGGCCAGUUACAGAGCCGCACUGGCAGGAAGUCAGCUUGUAAAGAAGCAAGUGCUCUCUACCACCAUUCCCAAAGAGUUCAACUUCCGCACAGAUAGCCGGCUGAAGAACUACAAGGAUGGAGUCUCAGCCGUAGACAACUCUUACAAGGAGACCACAUUCACCUCUCAGCUUCGCAAGCACCCAUCUUCUCCGUUGAAGGCUCCAAAGGGAACCACCAUUCCCAAACCCUUCAAUCUCUCCAGAGGCAAGAGGAAGCAUGAUGAAACUGGAGUCUAUGUGCCAAUGGCCCAACAGGUCGAGCAAUUCCAGAAGCGCACACCCACCCGCUAUCAUCUGCGCAGUCGGCAGAGCCAGGAGAGAGGGCCAUCACCUCUGAAGGCAGAUAAGUCAAAAAUCACACAUCCCAAAACACCACAGCUACUCACUCAGCAGAGACAUCGUCCCACAACGGUGAAAAGCACUGCAGAGCUGGAGGCUGAGGAAGUGGAAAAACUGCAGCAGUUUAAGUUCAAAGCUCUAGAACUUAACAGAAAGAUACUGGAAGGGGCUUUGGUUCCUAAAAAGCCAGCUUGUAAAGAAAAGACUAAGCCUGAGGGCUUCCAUUUGGAGAUUGAGAAGAGACUUCAGGAAAGACAGACCAGUAAGAAACCUGAAGAAAAAGAGGACCACACAUUCCAUUCCCGACCGCUGCCAACCCGGAUUCUGGAGGAAGUUGUGGGAGUCCCUGAGAAAAAAAUGAUAAACCCAACUGUUCCAGAAUCACCAGCGUUUGCUCUUAAAAGUCGUGUGCGAAUAGAAAAGAAAAAAGAAGAGGAAAAGCCUCCUGCUCCAAUUAAGGCCUUAGCUGUGCCCCACUACCUGCCCUUCCAGCCCAAACCUCCAGUCAAGAGUCAGGUAGAAAUGUGCCCGUUCUCAUUCGAGGAACGUGAUCGUGAACGAAAGAUGAUGAAGGAAAAGAAACUGGAGGAACUGAGAAACGAAGAGGUGCCAAAGUUCAAGGCUCAACCCCUUCCUGACUUCCAUGAAGUGCAUCUACCUGAGAAAAAGGUACAGGAGGCCACCAAACCUGCUCCUUUUAAACUGAUGAUUGACGAACGAGGGGCUGCAAGGAGUGAACGCUGGGAGCAGAUGAUGAAAGAGGAGUUGAAACAUCAGGCUGAAGCAGCAUGUUUUAAAGCGAGGCCAAACACUGUAUCCUACAAAGAACCUUUUGUACCAAAGAAGGAGAAUCGUUCCAUCCUGGCCAAUACUACUAAUUCUGCAGUCCCAGAGGGCUUUCAGUUGGCAACAGAGCGGAGAGCCAAGGAGCGCUUGGAGUUUGAGAAGGAGUUGAGCGAGAGGGAAGCGCUUAGGGCUCGCAUGGAGGAGGAGCGUGCCAGAGAACGAGAGCAGCAAGAAAAGGAGGAGAUUGCAAGACUGCGACAGGAACAGGUGUGCAAGGCCCAGCCAAUCAGGCACUACAAACCAGUAGAGCUGAAAAAGAGUGAUGUAUCCCUCACAGUGCCCCAGUCACCAAACUUUUCUGAUCGUUUCCGCAUGUAAAUGCAUCUUAUGUUGACUUAAUUGUACAGUUUUCUUGUGUUUUGACUUGUUUUAUAUCUUUCUAUAAUGUCUUUUUAUGGGAAUAUUUAGAGGAGUUUUUAUCUGUCUGUGGCAAAUGCAUUAAACCUUUUUAGUGCUCCAGUGAACAUUUUAUAUAGUUGGGUGAGACUUCUGCCCCAGCUCAACUUUCUUUUCAACUUUCCUUGUACUUUUUAGCUUUCCCUUCCCUAUCUGAAUAAAUCUUGGAAAACACA